GCGUUUACUUACCUUGUUCGUUCGUAAAGAAAUUUGUGAAUAAUAAAGUUAUAAAAACAAUUGUUAUGCCGGUGUUCACGUUUUUGUGAUAUAGACAUUACCUACAUUAGAAAUUUCUGAAAAUGGAAGAACACUUGAUAUCUAGGUCCUAUCAAGCGCAGCUCGAAGAAGUGGCUUUCAACAAAAACACAAUUAUUCAUUUGCCGACAGGUUCUGGCAAGACUUUCAUUGCCAUCCGUCUGAUCACCCGGUUUCGAGAAGCUCUUCAGAAGCCUUGGGGUGCGGGGGGCAAGCGCACCUUUUUUCUGGUCAACACCAUACCUCUGGUGAACCAGCAGAAAAAAGUAAUUGAAAAGCUCUGCCCUGUCAACGGAGUCGGAGGAUACAGUGGAGAGGACAGGGUAGAUUACUGGAAUAAGGGAAAAUGGGACGAAGAGCUUUCCAAGAACCAGGUGAUCGUAAUGACCUGUCAGAUAUUGAGCGACAUGCUGACUCACCAGUAUAUACAAAUCGAGGAUAUAAACCUGCUCAUUUUCGACGAGUGCCACCACGCGGUCGACGACCAUCCCAUGAGGAUGGUCAUGAAGCAUUUUGAACAUUGUCCUACGAGCAAACACCCUAGAGUCCUUGGUCUGACAGCGACGUUAUUAAACAGUAACGUUGCAAUACCAAGCAUUCCGCAGGCAUUGAAAGAUCUUGAGACCACUUUCCAUGCGACCAUCGCCACUGUAAAUGAAAUGGGGGAGGUAUUGAACUACUCCACGAAUCCCAACGAGUUCGUGGAGUUCUACCAGACGCCCCAAGUGACACCAGCGGCCGCGGAAGCAAUAGGUGUGUUGGAGGCGCUGAUAAGUUACGUACUGAUCGUUCAGCUGCCACAAACGAACCUUACACAAGAGAUCAAACUCGAAAAGAAUCAGCAAGACAUCACAACUGACCCUAAAAAGAUAAUAAAAUCAGUAAAGAACAUGAUUACUUCGAUAAUAAUGUUUAUAAAAGAACUUGGCGUAUACGGCGGGUCCUUAAGCAUUACCUCAUACAUCAUUAACUUGGAGCGGCUUAAGCGGAAGUCUCUAAAUAAAGAGCAGGAGUUCUUGUACGAAUUUGUCGUAACACACUCAACCAAAGCAAAAAUGAUAUUACUGCUGUCUAUGUCAAAAGAUGAGGGGUAUGAGAAAAUCAUCAAACAUUCUUCAGAUCAGAUUAUACAGCUGCUGAAUGUGCUGAAAGAAUUUAACCCCGAUUUACAUAACAAGCCUGGAGUUAUAAGAAGAAAAAACAAAUCGAACGAGCCCCUCUCAGGAAUCAUCUUCACACAACAGAGAUUCACUGCCAAAAUCCUUUACAACCUCCUCAUGGAUGUGAAAGAAGCAAAUCCGGAGGAAUUCAGCUUCCUAAAACACGAUUUUUUGGUCGGUUUAAGCAUCGACCCAUAUAAGAGCACUAGGGAACAAGCGUAUGUCAAGAAGACUAGUCAAAAGGCGUUGCUUAUGUUUCGGAAUAAGGAACUCAACUGUUUGAUAGCAACGAGUGUAAUCGAGGAGGGCGUGGACAUUCCCCAGUGCCUGUUAGUACUGCGUUUCGAUGUGCCAUUGGAAUAUCGCUCCUAUAUCCAAAGCAAAGGUCGAGCAAGGAGUGCAGAUUCCAGCUUCGUUAUGUUAGUUAACUCUGCCGAUCGAACAAAAUUCAUGAAUAAAUACGAUAGCUUCAUACAAAGAGAAAAAUGCAUUCAAAAGUUACUCGUAGGAUCCUCGGAUACCAGAGCAGCUCCUUCAGAGUCGUCCAUACAAACCAUGUAUGAAGACGAUGACAUUCCCCAGUACAACAAUCCUUAUGGAAGUUGUCUCCAUGCAGUAGCAGCUAUAAGCCUGCUGAACCGCUACUGUUCCUGCCUGCCCCAUGACCAGUUCACCACGAUAACCCCCAUGUGGAUUAAGGAGCCAGUUUCCGACCUAUUGGGGCAUUUUGCGGGAAUAGUUGUCACUAUCAUCAUGCCCAUUGCUUGCCCUGUCAAAGAACCAAUAAAGAGCAAACCCUACCUCUCCCUGAAGACUGCUAGGCGAUCAGCAGCGCUCAAUGCCUGCAUAAGACUGCAUCAGGAGGGCGAACUAGACCGAGUGACCAUGCUGCCUCGAAAUUAUGAUAAAGUGGACUUUGAGGUCCCGGACAUAAGGUCGUGUUUCUUAAACUGGCCGUGGGACGAGGAAGAGGAUGAAGACGAAGGUGCGUCGCAUAAGGCAGGGACUAAGAAGAGAAUGCGGAAGCAUAACAAAGUGUUCCCAUUAUACCUAACCGGAUCCAUGGCCAACAGCCAGCAGUAUUAUCUGCACAUAAUAAAACUGAAAAUUGGUUUCGAAAGACCUCAAGAAACUCGUGAGCGCGCACUCUAUGACCUUUUACUAAGAGACGAGGGCUAUGGAUUCAUAACCCCAGAAGCGAUCCCCAAAAUAUGCCUGUUUCCGAUGUUUUUGGCGGUCGGGGAUGUGAUGGUGAAUGUGCACAUGAAUUAUGCAGUUAUACCGCUUAAUAGUGACAUGGUGGAUCUUAUAAAAAGGUUCCACUUCUUCGUCUUCGAUCAAGUCCUCGAAAUUGCUAAGAAGUUCCUGAUCUACGACGGCACAGUCAAUAACCUGUUUGUGGUGCCAGUUAAAGGCAGCGCCGGUGGCUACGACAUCGACUGGGAUGUCAUGCAGAAAUACAAAGAGAUCCCGCCGGUACCCCUUUCAGGGCCACCUUACGAGGAAAGAAAAGCGCUGAAAGUGACGCAAGAAGAUUACCAACAUUCUGUAGUGACACCCUGGUACCGGGGCGCUAUCUUGCCUAGCCGGUACAUAGUGUCGAAAGUGAUAGAGUACAUGACGCCAAAGUCCGCUUUCGACGACGCCUCGUACGACACAUACGAGCAAUACUACUCUGCGAAAUACAACCUGGAGAUUAUUGGCAGAAAAGACCAGCCGUUGCUUGAGGUUUGCAACAUAACCACGCGCAUGAACUGCCUCCUGCCCCGAGCGGCCACCAUCAAUGCCUUCACAGACAAACAGAAAAAGCUAAUCUCAGUCUCGCAGGGCGACGACAAACCCAAGAGUUUCACGGAGAUGUUCAUACCCGAGUUCUGUGUAAAAUACGACUAUCCGGGCGUGCUUUGGUACAAAGCGACGAUGCUGCCUAGCAUUAUACACAGAGUUCACAUGUUACUGAUUGCGUACGACCUUCGCGCUGAAAUCACAAAAUACACUAAAUAUGGACGAGUCCAUAUAGAAAAAGGCGAGGAAUGGGAGCCAAUAGCUAUAAACCUCCCAGUCGCGAUGAAAUCACUGCAAGCGCAAGUUGAAGAGCCUACAACUAUCAACAGUAUCGACAGGAUAAAUAACCCCAUAGACCCAGAGAACGCUCCUCGCCGGCCAAUCGUGUCCAUGAAGGAAAGUCUGUAUCAACUGCAACAGAAAAAGAUAAACAAGGAAUAUCCUUGGGAUGCAAAAAUGGAACCGAUCGACAUAGAGCGCAACAUAUCGUCAGUGACUCUCAUGGACAUAGAAUGCUAUGACGAGUUCGUAUCAGCACCUCUAUACGCGCGCGAGGAAAUGUCUCAAAUGGCGUUCAUGCGCUCGCCACACACUUCGGCUGCGGCCAUCUUGCCGCCGCCUCUCAAAUACAACGACAAAAUCAAGCUCCUCUCCCUAAAGCCAACGGGCCGUGGCCCCGAAUUACGUGACGUACUCUUCGCACUCACAACCAUCAACUCUCACGACACGGCCAACUUGGAACGCGCGGAAACUCUAGGAGAUUCCUUCUUGAAGUUCGCUGCCAGCUUGUAUUUGUACCACAAAUUCCGGAAGCUGAACGAGGGACAGCUAACUAAUAUAAAGAGCAGAUUAAUUGGUAACAGGAACCUAUACUACGCCGGAGAGAAGGUCAAACUGGGGGGUCGCAUGAAGGUGGAACAGUUCAGUCCGAGGAAGGAUUUCCUCGUGCCCGGCUUCUUAGCGCCGAGGCAGGUGCAGCAGUUCAUUGAUGGUCAUUGCCUCCGACCAACGUUCCUGAUAGGCAUACAGUUCCCCCUACACGAGGCGCUUAGCGGCAACCUUUCCGACGAGAGCUAUGAGCAAGUAACUCAGCGGUACAGCGAAAAUGGUGUUGUAGAGAGAGAACCUCCCGGCGGCGCGCAGAAUGCCAUGCAGUGCUACGUGCGCUCCCAAGUUGUGUCCGACAAGAGCGUGGCUGACUGCGUGGAGGCGAUUAUCGGCACUUAUCUGCUGCACGGCGGCGUACUCGGCGCCGUGAAAGUACUUGAGUGGCUGCGUGUUCUUCCUCCCCAGGAUAACUUCGCAUCAUAUCUCGGCAAGAAAGUGCCCACAGUGAUCACAGAGGGCAAGAGCACGCUAGAGGAGCUGGACUUUCUUCUCAACAGCUGCCGGAACGACAUCGAGCAAAUAAUCAACUACAAGUUCAAGGACCCGUCCUUUUUAGUUGAGGCUUUAUCACACCCGUCCUACACACGGAACCGUCUGACUCGCUCCUACGAGCGUCUGGAGUUCCUCGGUGACGCCAUCUUGGAUUUCCUAAUCACAUCGCAUAUAUUCGAGAACUGUGAUCAGCUGAAGCCGGGCGAGCUCACGGAUCUGCGCUCGGCGCUUGUUAACAAUGUCACGUUCGCGUCCUACGUUGUCAAACUGGGACUGCACAAAUUCCUUUGCUCCCAACUGAACCCGACCUUGGAUAAGGCGAUAAUGAUGUUCGUCGAGCACCAGGAACAGAGAGACCACGAGAUCAUCGAGGACGUGCUGUACCUCAUCGACGAGGAGGAUUGCCACAUCGCAGAAUACGUGGAAGUGCCCAAGGUGCUAAGUGACAUAUUCGAGUCGCUAAUGGGCGCGAUAUACCUAGACAGCGGCGGCGACCUGUCCGCCGUAUGGGCGGUAGUGUACCGCAUCAUGCAUCGCGAGAUCGAAGCCUUCUCUACACGCAUCCCGCAGCAACCCGUGCGGGUACUCUACGAGAUGAUACACGCGUGCACCUCGUUCGGGACCGCCAAGGUGGUAGAAUGUGGGACGCCCCGCGUAAUGGUCCCGGUGACGUUCACGAAGAACGGGCGGCCGCACACCGCGCACGGCUUCGGCGGCAACAAGUUCCAGGCCAAGCGCGCCGCCGCCAAGCUCGCGCUCAAGAUACUGGGCUCCUAAACAAACCACCGCACCUCACCUCACCUCACCUCACCUCACCUCACACUACACCGAGGGAGGACUACAGAGAGAGACGGAGGACGAGAGAGAAGUACGGAGAUGCAGUGCCACUUAUGAUACUGCAAACCGCGUAUGCUACAAUAUUUUAUACUUUAAAGCCGGAUUUAUAUUACGAAAUUAAUGGCGUGAAAUUAAUUUCGUGACAUUACUCUUACCGACAGUUUCACUUUUAAUGUAAUAUUUUCGUAAUGCAUGCAUUAAUUUCAUGAAAGCAAAUCAAUUUCGUGUCCUGCGCGAUUUUUUGGUAAAAUUAGUGUCAUGCAACUAAUUUCAUAGUGUAAAUGCGACGUGAAAACUUUAAACUAGUGUCGCGAAACUGCCUGCGCUGUGCGAAUGUGUAACUUUCACUGCUACGGUCACUGCGAUACUGUGGAUUUCACGACACUAAUUAUUACUUUCGUAUUUAUCGAAACUACUUUCAUGAAUCAGAAAUUAUUUAUUUGCAUUGUGAAACUGAUUUCAACAUGCAUGACACUAAUUUCGUAAUGUAAAUCCCGCUUAAGACUACACAUACGCCACUUGAAGAUGCAAAGGCACUUGUGAAAGGUAUACACAGCAAACUGCGUCCUACAAUAUUUAAUACUUUAAUACGACAGAUCUUCCUUUAAGUACCUACAAGGUAAAAUCUUCCUUGGCACGUCGAGUGUCUAUAAUACUUAAUGAUCGCAUAAACGGUAGCUUUUAUUCUCUGUUCUAUAAAAGUAUAUACAAAUAAGUAUUGCGUGAGACGCGUCUUAGAAUAUUGUAACUGCAAAUUGAACAGCUAAAGUAUGUAAUUUAGCGCUGCAUAAAUACAUUGUGCGUCAACUAAUACUUGUUUGUCAACAACGUUUGACAAUAUAAUACCACGUUUGCGGAUGCCUCCAAUUUAAAGAUAACUAGUGAGCUCUCUGUGUGUUAAAAAGUAGUGUCCAAUCGAAUUUUCGGUUUCGAGGCAUAAAAGUCAUGUUUGGACCGAAGGUUCGGUUUCGGUGCUAAACUUUUCGGCCGCGCCAACUUACGACUUGCAUGACUUAUAUCAAGUUAUAUGGUGUUUCAUUUUUCAUGUCGAAAAAAAAAAUGUCAUCGAUAUUUUUAAAACGAAUUUAACACGUAAAAAGGUUUUGGCCGAAACUGAGUCAAAACCGAACCUUCGAUUUCGGUCGGACAUUCCGUACUGUUUGUAUGCGCGUAUGUUAUACUUUACCAUCUUAUUUAUUUUACAUUAUUUCCAUUAUAUUUUAUGAAUUCCAAACCUAAUCCAAAUAAACUUACCUAUUGUGUGGCAAUGAUUAUAGUUUGAAAUAAGUUUGCCGUUUUUAGGGUUCCGUACCUCAAAAGGAAUAAACGGAUCCCUUUUAGGAUCAGUUUGUUGUCCGUCCGUCUGUCUGUCAAGACCAUUUAUCUCGGGAACGCGUGGUGGUAUCGAGUUUAAUUACAAACCAUAUACUUCAGGUCUAUAAUUCCUUGAAGCUGUAAAAAAAAAAACUUUAGUUAACGUAAAAAAGAUACGGCCGUUUAAGCCGCAAAAAACGUAUAUUUCUACACUCAAGGGUUCUACUCCCCGUUGACCUACAAC